AUGUUUUUAGUGUCGAAAGAUGCUGACGUGAGUGCAGUGGACGGGAAUCAGUUCGCGAGUUUGGUAAGACGGUUGCUUUUUUUGUGGUUGUCCGGGAGUGGAAGUGAGAGUGUUCGAUAUGCGAAAGAAGAAGAAUUGGAGAAAAAUGAAAUGGAGAACUUAUCACUGGGAAAACUUUGGAAGAUAUUUUUAAGAGAUGAGGAUGUUUGCGUUUUGAUAGACGUUGGAUUGUACUGGUCUUUAGACUUGUUUGAGAAUAUCAUGAGAGAUUAA